UUAUAACUUUUCAUAAGAGUUGGCAGCACGGCUAGGAAAUUAAACAAAUAUGGAUUUAACUGCUUCGCCUCCUGUUAAACGUGCCCGGAGGCGAUCCCUCACCCACUUUGAGGACGAGGACAUCACCGGGAUCCGGGCUGUUCUGUCCGAUGAGUUCGAUCGGGACAUAGAGCUGGUUAAGGCGCACAGCUGCCAGUUGGAGACGAAGCAGCAGCUGCAGGCGGUGAUCCAGGAGUUGUCCCAAAAGCUGCCCCACUUUCAGCAUCUGAAGCGCGUUCACGAUCGCAGUGUGCUCAUCUGCCCCAGCUCCGAUGUCGAGUCAUCGGAGACCCUGGAGCAGUACCUACAGCGCUUUGCGUUCUCGGAACACGUGCUCCGAGCACUGUGCCAGGGAGUUCGGGUGGUGGACGUGCCGGGACGCAUGCCCCGGCUGCGGGCUCAGUACGAGAAGACGCUGAGGCAUUGGCCCUGUAAGUUCCACCCGAACCACUAUUCGGAAUCCCUGAGAAACGGCAGCAACUUCAGCUCCGAACAACGUCGAAUCCACAAGCGGAUGGCACAGCUGCUGGUGAGGCUCUCGCGUGAUGUGAAUUCCGAUCGGCCAGUGGGUAUCUGUGUGGACCCGCGGCGACCCAGCGUCGUGGCCAUCGCUGGAGGCGGAGAGUUCCGCAGUCCGCACGAGCACUGCAGCAUGCUGCUGGUAGAUCAUGUGGCACGCACCCAGCAAGGAGGAGCGAUUGAAACAGACCUUACCUUCGCCGAGGAUCCAAAAGCAGGGGACACCACACUUCGAGGCAUUCCCACAGUCUACUAUGAUUACCUGAGCAAGGACGAGGAGUAUAAAGACCUGCAAUUCGGGGCGGAGACCAGAAGAAGCGACGAAGCGCAGCAUCAGCAGCAGGCUCAGGGAGCCGAUAACCUGGUCAAGUUCGGACCUUACCUGUGCACCGGCUACGACGUGUACUUGCUGCAAGAACCCUGCCUCAUGUGCUCCAUGGCCUUGGUGCACAGCCGAGCGAAAAGAGUGUUCUUUCUGAGGAGCUCCGAGAACGGGGCCCUCGCCACACGAUUCCAACUGCACACAGUGCGGGAGCUUAACCACCACUACGAGGUGUUUCAGUUUACGACAAAGGAUGCGGAGCUGACGUAACGAUUAACGAACCUUGGUUUAAUGCACAGAAUAAAUGAUUUAAAGGA